AUGGCGCCGUACCUCAGAUCCACGGUGGACGGCGUCUUGCCGGCUCGAAGGCUCUCGAGCCUUCACCUGGCGCACUCGGUCGCGAAACAAGCGCGUGUGUCGCGCGGCGCUGCGGUAGCGGCGGGGGCCACCUCACAUCACCGAAUUCGACAGCGAGCGACAUGCGCGUGCGUGCGCGACGGCAGCACGGAGCGGACUGAGCCGUCGGCGCGGCGAGGCGCGGCGCGCGCCGGCGCCGCGGAGGGGCGGCCCCGCCCACCGGCCGCGCCGCGCACCGCCCGCCCCCCCGCGCGCGCUCUCCACCGCCACCCCACCGCCCGCCCGCCGACCCCACCGCGCCCUCGCACACCUAUUAUUAACACC